AUGGCCGUCGACGAAGCCCUCCAGCAGCCGCUCAACUUCACAGGCCACCGUCACAUGAUCUCGCGCCUGCUCCUCGCAACCCUCACCGGCCGCCCAAUCCGCAUAUCGCAAAUUCGCUCCUCGUCCACAAACCCUGGUCUCACGCGCUAUGAAACGAACUUCGUCCGCCUCCUCGACGCCGUCACAAACGGUGGCCAAGUCCAGUUCUCCAUGACCGGCACCACGCUCGUCUACCGCCCGGGCCUGAUCACUGGCAGUGCAGAAGGCCUCGGCGCCCACGGCGGCGUGAUCAGACACGAGAUCCCGCGCGAGUGCGCUCGGAGAGGCGUGAGCUGGUGGCUGAUCCCACUCUGCAUACUCUCGCCCUUUUCAAAAGACAAAGUCAACGUCAUCCUACACGGCGAGGGGUGCGUGACUUCCUCCACGCCCGCAGGAGACGUCAGCGCAGACACGGUGCGCACUGCGCUGCUCCCUCUGUUCAAGAACUUCGGCAUCGAGCGUAACAUCGAACUGCGCAUCCUCAAGCGCUCGUGCGCCCCGGGCCCCGCCAAGAGCGCCGGCGGCGAAGUCCAGCUCGUCUUCAACCACCAGGUCCGCCUGCCCAAGACCCUGCACCUCCUGAACCCCGGCCGCGUGAAGAAGAUCCGCGGCGUGGCGUAUGCCGUCGAAGUCCCCAAGAGCAACAACGAGCGCAUGAUCCACGAGGCGCGCGGCAUCCUGAACAAGUUCGUGCCGGACACGUAUAUCUUCUCCGACGCCUCGCCUGCGCCUCUGAUCCCAACGAACCAGAAGGGAGGCAGCGGCAAGGUCAAGGGCGCCGUGGGCUUUGGACUCAGCCUGGUUGCGGAGAGCAGUACGGGUUGCAUAUAUAGCGCGGAUGUUUGCAGCCCGCCCGAGGGAGGCGUGCCGGCGGACGAGAUUGGAAAGCAGUGCGCGUACCAGCUGCUGGAGAAGAUUUCCAUGGGCGGCGCUGUAGAGAGCGUUGCUGCACCUACGGUGCUCAUGCUCAUGGCCAUGGGUUCUGAAGACGUUGGUCGCGUGGCGCUGGGGAAGCAUGUUCUGGCCAGCGAGGAGAUUAUUUCGCUAGCGAGAGACUCCAAAGUCUUUGGUGGGAGUGGCUGGGGAUUCAGAGAAAACGGUGGCGAGGAGGAUAGAGGCGAGAUCGUGGUCAGUGUUGUAGGACGCGGAGUAGGGAACGUCGGGCGCAAGGUUGCGUAG